CACUGCCAAGCGUGGAGCCUGAUCCAGCCCAGUCUAUAAGCAGGUCCUCAGGGAUGGCUUCGGGGCAGGAGAGAUGGGUACUCUGUGCAAAAAACUUGGUGAAAAAGGAUUUUUUCCGGCUUCCUGAUCCAUUUGCUAAGGUGGUGGUUGAUGGAUCUGGGCAAUGCCAUUCUACAGAUACUGUGAAGAAUACACUCGAUCCAAAAUGGAAUCAGCAUUAUGACCUGUAUAUUGGAAAGUCUGAUUCAGUUACGAUCAGUGUAUGGAAUCACAAGAAGAUCCAUAAAAAACAAGGUGCUGGAUUUCUUGGUUGUGUUCGUCUUCUUUCCAAUGCCAUCAACCGCCUCAAAGACACUGGUUAUCAGAGGUUGGAUCUAUGCAAACUUGGGCCAAAUGACAAUGAUACAGUUAGAGGACAGAUAGUAGUAAGCCUUCAGUCCAGAGACCGAAUAGGCACAGGAGGACAAGUGGUGGACUGCAGUCGUUUGUUUGAUAAUGAUUUACCAGAUGGCUGGGAAGAAAGGCGAACUGCCUCUGGAAGAAUCCAGUACCUAAACCACAUAACAAGAACUACGCAAUGGGAACGCCCAACACGACCGGCAUCUGAAUAUUCUAGUCCUGGGAGACCUCUUAGCUGCUUUGUUGAUGAGAACACUCCAAUUAGUGGAACAAAUGGUGCAACGUGUGGACAGUCUUCAGAUCCCAGACUGGCAGAGAGAAGAGUCAGGUCACAACGACAUAGAAAUUACAUGAGCAGGACACAUUUACAUACUCCUCCAGACCUACCGGAAGGCUAUGAACAGAGGACAACACAGCAAGGUCAGGUGUAUUUCUUACAUACUCAGACUGGCGUGAGCACGUGGCAUGAUCCAAGAGUGCCUAGGGAUCUUAGCAACAUCAAUUGUGAAGAGCUUGGUCCAUUGCCUCCUGGAUGGGAGAUCCGGAAUACAGCAACAGGCAGAGUUUAUUUCGUUGACCAUAACAACAGAACAACACAGUUUACAGAUCCUCGGCUCUCUGCUAACUUGCAUUUAGUUUUAAAUCGGCAGAACCAACUGAAAGACCAGCAGCAGCAGGUGGUGUCGUUGUGCCCUGAUGACACGGAGUGUCUGACAGUCCCACGGUACAAGCGCGACCUAGUUCAGAAGCUAAAGAUUCUGCGGCAGGAACUUUCCCAGCAACAGCCUCAGGCUGGCCAUUGCCGCAUUGAGGUUUCCAGGGAAGAGAUUUUUGAGGAAUCAUAUCGACAGGUCAUGAAAAUGAGACCAAAAGAUCUCUGGAAGCGAUUAAUGAUAAAAUUUCGUGGAGAAGAAGGCCUUGACUAUGGAGGGGUUGCCAGGGAGUGGUUAUAUCUCUUGUCACAUGAAAUGCUGAAUCCUUAUUAUGGCCUCUUCCAGUAUUCAAGAGAUGAUAUCUAUACAUUGCAGAUCAAUCCUGAUUCUGCAGUUAAUCCGGAACAUUUAUCAUACUUCCACUUUGUUGGACGAAUAAUGGGAAUGGCUGUGUUUCAUGGACAUUAUAUUGAUGGUGGUUUCACGUUGCCGUUCUAUAAACAGUUGCUUGGGAAGUCCAUUACUUUGGAUGACAUGGAAUUAGUUGAUCCAGAUCUUCAUAACAGUUUAGUGUGGAUACUCGAGAAUGAUACCACAGGUGUUUUGGACCACACCUUCUGUGUCGAACAUAAUGCCUAUGGUGAAAUCAUUCAGCAUGAACUUAAACCAAAUGGCAAGAGCAUCCCUGUUACUGAAGAAAAUAAAAAAGAAUAUGUCAGGCUUUACGUGAACUGGAGAUUUUUACGAGGCAUUGAGGCACAAUUCUUGGCCCUGCAGAAAGGAUUUAAUGAAGUAAUUCCACAGCAUCUGCUGAAGACAUUUGAUGAGAAGGAGUUAGAGCUCAUUAUUUGUGGACUUGGAAAGAUAGAUGUUAAUGACUGGAAGGUAAACACCCGGUUAAAACACUGUACUCCAGACAGCAACGUUGUCAAGUGGUUCUGGAAGGCUGUGGAGUUCUUUGACGAAGAACGACGAGCACGGUUGCUUCAGUUUGUGACCGGCUCAUCCCGAGUGCCUCUGCAGGGCUUCAAGGCUUUACAAGGUGCCGCAGGCCCACGGCUGUUCACCAUACAUCAGAUCGACGCUUGCACCAACAACCUCCCCAAAGCCCACACCUGCUUCAAUCGAAUAGACAUUCCGCCCUAUGAAAGCUAUGAAAAGUUAUAUGAAAAGCUGCUAACAGCCAUCGAAGAAACGUGUGGAUUUGCUGUGGAAUGACAACUUCAAGGAUUUACCCAGGACUCUAUUUAUAGCCUGAGGGACAGACAGCCUCCUUUCAGCAGAAUUUCAAGGAAUGCUGAAAUACAGGAAAAUGCCCCCCUCCCCCACCCUCCCUUUAAAAAAUUUUAGGACACUGUGAGGGGAAAGGACAAUUUUGAAAUUCCUUUUCAAGGAAAAAAAGAGGUCUUUAUGCUUUGCCAUGAGGCCACAUUCAGCUGCUAUUUAAAAUUAAUAUCUUGAACCUAAAGAAUGCUGACUUUUCCUACAUUUCCAGAGUUAGGCAGUAUUCUACACUUAAAGACUACUACUAUUUUUAUAAAAGGUAAUCUAUUCAAAUCACUUCACAGAUUUCAAGUCUAUCAAACAUCAAGACAACUUCAGCAGU